GCAGAAAGCCAGGAACACAAAGUUGAAAGGAAGCUUCUGUGCUGGCAAAUUAUUGCUCUCAGUAAGAUGGCAACAAGUCAAUGACAACUUCUUGGUGGAAGUGGUACUGUGAGCUGGAAUUGAAUAUUUUAUACUCCGGAAAUGGCCAAGGAGCAAAUACUCUCAUGAUGCCUAUAUGUAAGUCAGCCAGUCUAGCUGUGGAGGUGUCAGUGCCACUUCGGGAACUGCAGGGACUGCGGCGGGAACAAGUGUACUUCCUGAAGAAAGAUGAUUUAUCUAAAACUCCCUAUGGCUCUGUUACUCUGGGCAGAGUUGAUCUAUGUGGUCACUGCAUCUAAAGUGAUAUACCCAAUCACUCCCGAGAGAUUCAAGUUGUUGUGCAUGCCAUCCAACACAAGCCAUGAUUUCCGUUUGCCUGCUGGAGUCUCGGAGAACAGUUCAAACUGGAAUGGAGAGUAUGAGGAAAUAGUUGAAACCAAAUUGAAUUCAAGUGGCACCUACUUUCCUAACAAGUCAUCAGAAACAACUUUCCACUGUUGCUUUGGAAAUGAGGAAGACAAAAAUUGCUCAGUGCAUGCAGACAGCAAUGAAGGGAAGACAUCUGUUUCAACAACAAAUCCUCUAGUUUUUCAAGAAAUAGGUGCAAACUGGAACAUAGAGUGCUGGAUGAAAGAGGACUUGAACUUAUUCAUCUGUUCUAUGGAUCCAUUAUUUAAGAAUUCUUUCAAGAAUCAUGACCUUGAAGUCCAUCUUUUAUAUUUUCUGCCGGAAGCGCAAGACGAGGUCCCGCUCAGUUCCCAGAAAGGCAGUUUUCAUGGAGUUGAAUGCAGCGUCAGCAGCCAGGAGGGUUGUGAAUGCCGCAUCCCUCUGCCAGCAGCCAAGCUCAACGACACUCUUCUUAUGUAUUUGAAAAUCAGGUCUGGCGGGGUGACUUUUCAGUCACCGCUAAUGUCAGUUCAGCCCCAAACAGUUGUGAAGCCCGAUCCUCCGGUGGGUUUGCAUAUGGCAUUUACAGACACUGGCAAUUUAAGGAUUUCUUGGUCCAGCCCAGCAUCGGUACCAUUUCAACUUUUGUAUCAAGUGAACUAUUCAGAGAAUUCUACAGAAGGUCUAAGGAAAGCUGACGAAAUUGUCGCAGCUACAUCUUUGGUGUUGGACAGCGUGUUCCCUGGGUGUUUAUAUGAGGUGCAGGUCAGGUGCAAGAAGCUGGACAGCCCAGGGGUGUGGAGUGAGUGGAGCACCCCGCUAACCUAUACCACACCAGAUGUCGUAUACUUUCCACCUAAAAUUCUGACAAGUGUUGGGUCUAAUGUCUCUUUUCACUGCAUGUACAAAAAUGAGGGUAAGAUGGUUUCCUCAAAAGAGAUUGUUUGGUGGCUAAAUUUAGCUGAGAAAAUUCCUCAAAGCCAGUACCAUGUGGUCAAUGACCAUGUGAGCGAAGUAACUUUUCCCAAUGUCAAUGCAACCAUACCUCGAGGGACGUUUACCUACGAUGCUGUAUACUGUUGCAACGAGCAAGAAUGCCAUCAUCGCUAUGCUGAAUUACACGUGAUUGAUGUUAAUAUCAGUAUAUCAUGUGAAACGGAUGGAUACUUAGCCAAAAUGACUUGCAGAUGGUCAGCCAAUGAAAUGGAAUCACUCGUGGGAAGUACUUUAGAGUUGAGGUAUCAUAGGAGGAGACUUUACUGUCCUGAAGAACCAUCCAUUCACCCCAAGUCUGAAUCCAAAGAUUGCCUUUUGCAGGGAGAUGGUGUUUAUGAAUGUGUAUUUCAGCCAAUCUUUCUACUAUCUGGCUAUACAAUGUGGAUUAGGAUCAAUCAUCCUUUAGGUUCACUUGAUUCUCCACCAGCGUGUUUCAUUCCUAAUUAUGUGGUGAAACCACUGCCCCCAUCCAAAGUGAAAGCAGAAAUUACUGUGAACACUGGACUAUUGAAAAUAUCUUGGGAAAAGCCAAUCUUUCCAGAGAAUAGUCUGCAGUUUCAGAUUCGCUACAGAUUAAAUGAAAAAGAAGAACAAUGGAAGAUGUAUGAGGUAUUUGAUGCAAAUUCAAGGUCGACAAGCCUUCCUGUGGCUGACCUAUGUGCAGUGUAUGCUGUUCAGUUGCGCUGUAAGAGGCUGGACGGAGUCGGGUAUUGGAGCAACUGGAGCGCUCCAGUCUACACAGUUGUCACGGACAUAAAAGUUCCUACCAGAGGUCCCGAUUUUUGGAGAAUGAUUGAUGAAACUACAACUAAAGAAGAGAGAAAUGUCACUUUACUUUGGAAGCCUCUCACGAAAAACGACUCAUUGUGCAGUGUGAGCAGCUAUGUGGUGAAACAUCACACCUCCGACAACAAAACGUGGGUGGAAGAUGUGGGAAAUGACACAAAAUUCACCUUCCUGUGGACCGAGCAAGCACACACGGUCUCAGUGCUAGCUGUCAAUUCUAUUGGCACUUCCUUGGCAAAUUCUAAUGUGACCUUCUCCUGGCCUGUGAGCAAAGUAAAUAUCGUGCAGUCACUCAGUGCUUAUAUAUUAAAUAGCAGUUGUGUGAUUCUUUCCUGGGUGCUUUCACCAAAUGAAUACAACAUCAUGUAUUUUAUUAUUGAGUGGAAAAUGCUUAAUGAAGACAGUGAAAUGAAAUGGCUUAGAAUUCCUUCAUCUGCUAAGAAGUUCUAUAUCCACGAUCAUUUUAUUCCCAUUGAGAAAUACCAGUUCGGUCUUUACCCAGUAUUUGUGGAAGGAGUGGGGAAACCAAAGAUAAUUGAUAGUUUCACCCAAGAUGGCUCUGAAAAACAUCAGAAUAAUGCAGGUCUAUAUAUAAUUGUGCCAAUAAUUAUUUCCUCUUCAGUCUUACUGCUUGGAACAUUACUGAUAUCCCAUCAAAGAAUGAAAAGGCUGUUUUGGGAGGAUGUUCCAAAUCCCAAGAAUUGUUCCUGGGCACAAGGAAUUAAUUUUCAGAAGAGCGGACAUUCCUUGAAGGCUAAUCAUGAUCACAGCAAAUGAACCCAGUAUACCAACUUCCAAACAUUCUAUAAAGUAUUAGAAGACUUUCACAUUUUGAAGAUGGGGAGAGAAAUCUAAAAAAAAAAUUGAGCUAUUGAUAACUAAAAUAUGGUGGAAUAUGUUGAGUUAUUAAAAUAGAUGGGUAAAUACGGGGUCCAGAUAGAGGUUUUGUCCAAUUUGGUUCGGAUGUACAAAUCCUCUUCAGUUUAUAGUUUAAAAAGUAAUUUUCAUCAUACCUGGCUUUUGAGUUACUAUUAUCUGGUCAAAAAGCAGUAAAAAUUAUGACUGUCACAUCUAUAUUAGAUAGCCUCCAAUAUAUAGUAGGCUGUUGUAAUUAGAGAAAACUGCAACCCUGCCAUAGCUUUGCAAAUGCAGCCACUUUUCAGAAUGCAGUAAAAGUCUUCAGCAUAUGUUUUUAUGUCCAAAGUUUUGCAUUUUUCAUUCUUUUACAGAUAUUUCAGCCUCCCAAAGGACCCAUUCAGGCAUUCUUUGGAAUGUUUUACAGCUCUUAUGUAUAUCUAAAUUAGGUCAAUCUGGAAACUACAAAUUUUAAUAGCCUUGAAUAUUGCUAAGUGCUAACUUCCAUUUCAGUUCUUAAAAAAUGCCUGAGGUUGUGGUUUGUGCUGGACACAAGCCAGUGGAAUUUAGAGUUCUUAUCAGAUGGUCCAGCAAAAUCAGGUCAAUUUGACCAGAUGAGAAAACACAUCAGCCUCCAAUCCAGCUGCCUUGUGAAAUUCUUGCCAAGACUUAAUUUAUUUACACGGAACCACCCAAAGCUUCUGGCAUGCAGAGAAAUGACAGUGACGCAAACAGAGAGAUAUUUUUGGGAGCUUUUUCAAAUAGUUCAUGGUGAGGACAGGAUUUUCUUUGCUGAAAACAGACCACCUGCUAUUUCUAGGAACUUAGCAUGCUAAAUAUGUUUCUCACAUUUAAAUAAAAACCAAAACUGAUAAACUCAGAUCAUAUUCACAUCUAUGUUAUAGAUGGACCACUUAUAUUUAGAUUUCUUUAAUACUUUUAUUAGAAUGGGAAAAAGGUAAAAUAGAAAGAGCAUUGACUAUCAGAUGUCUUUGGAAUGUAAUAAGAUCGGAGCAUGAGUUUAUGAGAGAAUAGUUUUUAAUUCUUACCAGGUGGUUAUUAUUAGGUAUGCACCAAUAAUGCUAAAAUUCCCCCAAAUUAAAUACAUAUAGAAACUGGAAAUGAUUUUUAGUGAACACAUAACAAAGGUUUAUGAUUCAUUGACAAAAUAUAUUUCAGCAAUAUAUGGUUACUUAAUGUCUUACUAAUUGCCUGUCAAGUCAUCCCUAUGAAGGCAUUGACAACAAGUAAACUAUUUGGUAUCAAUUAGUUAUCAGUUAGGAAGUUUUAGAGGACAUGAAAUAUGCCAGAUACAUCAUUUGAAGAAUAUAUAUGAAUCUCGCUGCAUGCUGCAUGCUAUGGGCAAUUUGUGUGCAUUUUUUUUUUUAAAAAGAACUUGCUUUCUAAAUUCAUUUACAUUUUAAGAAAUUCAGCACAUACAGUAAACCCUAAGAAAAAAACAAGGAAACAUUUUCGAAAAUCCCAAGUCUAAUUAUGUAUUUCUUCCAGAAAGAAAAGAAAUACGGGGUAGGUUUCUCUCCAUCAGUUAUGUUUAUAGAAUAAAAAGAAAGGUGGUGUUAGAACAGUAAUUCUCACUAUACAGCAUUUUAAUACAUAUAUAAGCCUAACCAUUAUUAUACUUAGAGUUUGGCACAUUUUUUCUUUUAUGGUUGUAAUCACCAAUAUAUUUUACUUAACUUUUCAAAACUGUUAAAUGAAUUGUUUUUAUACGAACUAUGCUUGCCAUCAUGAAGAACAGUUGAGUAUGUCAUCAUUUCAGCAAAAAAUAUGAUAUUGUUCAUUGGUUUUAAGAUGGUAAAAUUCAAAGGUUCAGUUAUUAUAGACAAAUUGAAUACCUAUUGUCUAGCAAUUCAUUUAAUAAUUCCUUAAUCUUUUAAUGUGUUGUAUUUUCAUUUUUGCAUUUACAUUGUAUGUCUUGAGGUUAUUUUUGCACAGAUUCUUGAUUUGCAGCUGCCUGACAAGAUUUUUCUGUUGCAAUGUAACCCCGUUCUUAUAAAGCAUAUGAUGUGCA